UCGCAUGACAUUUCCGCCAUUGUUGGCUUGUCAGCGCCCCCAAAAAGCAUUCCGCCCGUGCGAAAACAAAAGAGAAAAUCACCAACGUCGGACAAUAAUCUCCGGAGAAAUGGCAAACUACACGGAAGAUCAGUUGGCAGAAUUCCUGGAAGCCUUCAAUCUCUUUGACAAUCGCGGCGAUGGAAAGAUCCAGCUGAAUCAGGUGGGAGAAUGUCUGAGGGCUCUGGGACAGAAUCCCACGGAGUCCGAUGUGAAGAAGUGCACGCAUCAGUUGAAGCCGGACGAGAGGAUCUCCUUUGAGGUGUUCUUGCCGAUUUAUCAGGCAAUCUCCAAGGCGCGUUCCGCUGACACGGCCGAUGACUUCAUUGAGGGCUUGAGGCACUUCGAUAAGGACGCUUCUGGGCUGAUUUCCACGGCGGAGUUGCGACACCUUCUCACGACGCUGGGCGAGAAGCUCACUGAUGACGAGGUGGAGCAGCUGCUCAGCAAUCAGGAGGACUCCCAGGGAAAUGUGAAUUACGAGGAGUUCGUGCGAAUGGUCAUGAGUGGUUAGUUGUUGAAGAAGCAGCAGCACCAAUAUGGGUAGCAUUUUGAUGCAUUUUGCGAAUACUUCCUUGUAUUCAUCCUUCAAAAAUUGAUGAUUUGAAUUUACACACAACAAUCCCCUCUUGCCCCAUUUUGUCCCCAGGCAUUCACUUUCCAUAAUAUUAUUAUUAUUAUAAAACUGAAAUAAAAGGACAAGUAUUAACUUUUACUUAUAACAAAAAUAAAUUAUCAAAUUGUGAA